UGUUUUGAUUAGUGUCAAUUGAGUCCUCUAAUCCUUUUAUCCUUCUUUCAAAUGGGAAGUCUCUCCAUCUCCCCCCUUCCUCUGUCGCCGUUUCGGAUUCAGACUCAAACCCGAUUUACGAUAAUCAGUACCCAAACGAAUACCGGAUCAUUCAAUCUCAAGCAGCCAAGGAUUUGCACGAAAGUUAGAGGUCUGGGAGGAAAUCGAAGAGAGCAGAAUGAUUCGAGAUUCGUCGAUGAAAAUGGCGACAUGGAAGGUUACUUGGAUCAUCUCUCUCUCGAAUACGACUCUGUAUGGGAUACAAAGCCCUCCUGGUGUCAACCAUGGACGAUAGUGGUGACGGGUUUGUCAAUAGUGGCUUGUAGCUGGGCAAUACUACAUUCGGUUUUAGUUUCAUCGCUUGCCGUUGGUUUAAUUGGUGCUUGGUGGUACAUUUUCCUUUAUAGCUACCCAAAGUCUUACUCAGAAAUGAUUGCUGAAAGAAGGAAAAGAGUAGCUGAUGGUUUUGAAGAUAUAUACGGCAAAAACAAGACUUCGUAGUCAAUAAUCCCCUACUCCUAAUGUUCGAAAUAUCAUUCGUCGCUUUAAAACCUUGUAUCUAUCUAUCUAUAUAUUAGUUUUUAUCUCAGUUUCAU